GGGGCCAGGGGUCGCUGCUGAUUGGACCGGCGCAACCAGGGAGGGUUCCUCCGGGAAGCAGAGGCGUAGGCAGACCCACGUGCGAGGAGGAAGAGGAGGAGGAGGAGGACCAUGUGUUUCUGGCCAGAGGCUCAGUAGCCGGGACUUUUGGCGCAGCGUCAGCCGCGGGACCUUGGGUAGCUGCUAUGCUGCGCAGCGGCUGCAAGAGGUAGUCCCAGCAUCCACUCCAGCCUCUUCCUCCAUGACGACUCCUCCGGCAACGGGGAAAGUGAUGCCUCCCGGGCCUCCGGAGCGGCUCCAGUCGGGCCAAGUGGCCCCCAAGCCCUGCCCGGCGACCCCCUUGGCUGCCCAAAGCCCCUCCGGUGCCCACGCGCCUCUGGGCCUGAUCCCCCCUCGAGUGGCACCUUCCCCCGGGGAGACCCUGGGGCCCAAAGUGGCCCCCAAAGUGGACCCCCAGGCCACCACCGCCCUGCAGUUACCGGCCAACCUCCAGAUUGCACCCGGAACAGUUCUUGUCAGAAGUAAUACUGGUCAACUGAUGUUGGUGUCGCAGCAAGCACUAGUGCAAGCCCAAAGCCAGACCCAAAAUAAUGCAAGUGUAAGGUGGACAGCGCCCACACUUGCAUCUACAGUCAAACUACAGAAUCCACAGAACUCCGUAAACCAAGUACUUAAAGUGCUACCAGCUCCUGUUAAAACAGUGCCUCGGCCAACUCAUCCCAUUAAGAAAUCUGCCGUAAUCCAGUCAGUAUCAUCAGCAAAAAGCAAUUCUACAAAUAUGACGAUAAAGGGACCAUUGGCAAACCUUCCUGCUUUUGAUUUUCAUAUACAGCCUGUUGCUCCAAAGCCAAUUCCUGAUGCAGACGGCACAACAGUAGCACAGGCCAGCACUUCUGUGGAAAUGCUGGAAAAUGUGCAAAAGUGCAAAAACUUUCUUGCAACACUUAUAAAACUGGCAUCCAGUGGAGCUCAAGCACCCGAAAUGGGGCAGAAUGUGAAGAACCUGGUAGAAAAUCUGCUGGAAGCUAAAAUUGAACCAGAAGAGUUUACGAAAAAGCUGUACAUUGAGCUGAAAUCUUCCCCACAGCCAUGUCUUGUUCCCUUCCUUAAGAAAAGUGUGUGUGCCUUAAGGCAGCUUGUUCCAGACCCACAGACCUUUAUACAGCAGUGUCUCCAACAAUCUGUGCCAAGAACAGCUGCUUCAACUUGUGCAACUGCAGUAUCAUCUGUUUCUGCAGUGGCUGACAGCACUCCUGUGACGUUCCAAUCUGCAAGGACACUCCUUAGAACUCCAGUGGGAAUCUCCUCUCCCCAGACCUCAGUCCCAGCCCCCUGUACAUCUCUGGUGACAAGAGGAUCUGCUUCACUUCAGCUUGUCCAACCAGAACGUGCCUUACCCUUGGGGGCACUUUCUCUUCAAGGCGCCAAUUCUGUUCCCCCCACUCAACUGGCAACAAGUAUAACCACUGUGAAGACUGUACAGCCAACCUCCUCCGUGGAAGUGGUGACAAGAAGAAACACUCCCCUUCCAUUUAUAAAGCCCAUGUCUACUCCUGUAGCAGUAUCUUCCGCUGCUUCUCUUAGUUCUGGAAAGACAGUAUCACCAUCUGCUGCGGCAACAUCUCUUCAAGUGCAAAAGCCAGCUUUGACAACUAGUGUUGCAACAACCCUCAGUAAUGCAGUUGCUACAACGCUCCAGUCUGGGACAACAGUCACUGGGAAACCAAUCGCAAUUAGAGUUGCCUAUCCCAAUUCUGUCAUUUCCCAACCUGUCCGGACUCCACAGCCUGUAACGGUGAAGCAGUUGAUAGUCCAGCAGGCAUCAGGAAAUGCCUUGAAAAAAGUGAACACACUUCAGCAGGCUUCUUCACUCCCUACUGUGAACAAACCAAGUGGGAAGAUGCCUUUAAAUACUGUUAUCCAUACUAACCAACUUCCUGCAGGUUGCAUUGUGAGACAAAUUACCCUGCCAGGAAACAAAAUUCUGUCGCUUCAAGCAUCUCCUGUUCAGAGAAAUAAAAUAAGAGCGAAUGGAACAACAUCCUUCAGAGAUGAAGAUGAUAUCAAUGAUGUGACUUCUAUGGCUGGAGUCAAUCUGAGUGAAGAGAGUGCAUGCAUAUUGACAUCUCAUUCUGAAGCAGUUGGUUCAGUCAUCCAGUCUUGUCCAGAGGAACUCCUCCUUUCUUUGGAUGCACUGCAGAAGAAGAUCUUAGAAAUAGGUAAAAAGCAUGGCAUUAUGGAAGUUAAUUCGGAUGUUCUGAACUUGAUCUCCCAUGCUACACAGAAGAGAUUAAGAGGGCUUCUGGAGAAACUGACUGUAAUUGCUCAACAUCGCAUGGUGACCUAUAAGGAUAAAGACAUAUACACAGUAUCUAGUGAUACACGGGCUCAACUUACAUUUCUUGAACAGCUGGACCAGGUAGAGAAACAGAGAAGGGAUGAAGAAGAAAGAGAGAAGUUGCUCCGUGCAGCCAAGAGCCGUUCCAAUAAAGAAGAUCUGGAACAGCUGCGAUUAAAGCAGAAAGCAAAAGAGUUGCAGCAAUUAGAGUUUGCACAGAUGCAGCAAAGGGAUGCUAAUCUUGCAGCUCUGGCAGCUAUUGGGCCAAGAAAGAAGAGGAUGCUGGAUUCCUUGAGCCUUGCCUCUGGAGUGGAGGGUUUCAAUAGAUUAUCCAACCUUGUGAAGCCACCUCUUCGUCCAAGAAUGACACGCAUCUGCCUCAGGGACUUGAUCUUCUGUAUGGAACAAGAGAAGGGGCUGAAGCAUUCCUUAGCCUUGUACCAAGCUCUUUUGAAGUAACCACUAGGUUUCUUUUGCAUUUCAGCUUACCAUCAUUCCUUGCCAAAGUUUACCUGCUUGUACUGUCCUGAAGUCUGUUCUGGAAAACAGUUUGUUGCAAUGACUAGACUGUUCAGUGGUCAGUGGAUCCAUGUUUGACUUUUGAAUGUCCUUGGAGACAAAAGGGUUUGGGCCCUAUUAAGUUUCUUGCCAAUCACAUUUGUCGAUAUAUCUGUUUGUAAUAUUGUUCCAUGACUAAUGUGCCGCCUACUAUUGUGGUUAGGGAAGAAGAGUAUGUCGAAAGUAUUUAAUCAUGAACCAGCAGACUGCCAAUUUGCCAGCAUUUUGCCUACAGGAGUCAACCUCUCUAGAUGGCCUAGUUUUAGAGAUCUGCGGUAUAGUUGAAAGAGAAACCACUUGGGUGUAGGCCAAAAAAGUGCCAAAGCGAAAUCUAUAAUCUACUUUCGAUAAAGGAAGAAGCCCUACUGGCAUGGUUUGUGUUGCCAGCACUACUGGACAGAUUUGCAAAGAGGAAGCCCUACUGGCAUGGUUUGUGUUGCCAGUACUCAGGGCAGAUUUGGAGCUCAAUAAGUUAUGGGUCUUUAGAAAUAUUUUUUUCCAAAUAACCCAAUGACAACCCAGUGGAUGCAGUUAGCCAAUGGGGAAUAGUCCUUUAAUUUUCACUGUACAAAGUGACUUAAGAUGCAUUUAAUUUUGCAUCAGUGUGCAGAAUUUAAAACAGGAAAAUAUCCUUGAUGAAUACCAAGGUUAAAGGCGCACUCUGCUUUAUGUAAAAUAUAGGAUUGUUUGAUUUCUUCCUUCCUGUGUUACAGACUGGGAAGAAUAUAUUUAAGAAAUAUCAGGGAUUUAAUCACAAAACUUGGAAAUUAUUCUUAAAGGGGAAAGAAAUUAUAUAUGGGGCAUACUUGCUUGCCAAGGCCCCCAGGCUCCAUUCCCACAAGAAUCAAUGUAAAGAGAUCCAUUUACACCCCUCCAAAGCCCCCCCCCCCCAAUGGGGUUUGGUUGGCUAUUUAAAGCUUAAUCCACUUCCUAUCCUGUUUCAGAUCCAGAAUAGCCUCUCAUUUUUUUUCCAAAUCCAGAAGGAAACAUCUGGUCAAGUUUUGUUUUUGUUUUUUGUUUUGGAAAAGGGACAGGUGCAACCCCCUAUGUCUCUGCUUGAGCAUGUGUAAAUGAGGUGGAGGCAUCUCCUAGGCCAUUAGUAGCUGUCUGUCCCUUUUUUUACUUCUGCUUUAUAGCAGAAGAGAAGAAUUUACUGUUGCACUUGGGAAAGAGCACAAAAAAGUUCAGGGAAUCAAAGAAAUGAUAAUGCUGCAUUUCAAAAGUUUCUGCUUAUUUCUUUACACUCAGUAGCUUUUCAAGGAGUUGGUUCUAAAGAUCCAUGUGCAAUCACCUUUAGCACUUUUCUAUAAAGCCUCCACUAUACUAUAUAUUUAAUGUGUUGCAACAUAGCAUAAGUGUGUAAUUGAAUGUGUAGGAAUGACAACUGAAUGUAAUUAAAAUCUUUAUUUUUAAAAGG